AUGGUCCGAAUCAACUCCGCAGCCCUUCUGGGCUCUGCCAUGAUCGGCUUGAGCAGCGCAGCCGGCGCCGGCACCAAGGCCGAGUACGCUUCUGGCGAGGUUCACCACCGCAUCAUGGGCAUCAAGAUGGCUCAAUGGGAGGCCGAGUCCGAGGCCGGUCUGAUGGACAGCGCCCGCUACCCUGAGCUCGGCUACACUCCGUGUGUCAACGGCUUUGCUGCUGCCAUCCCCGGCGAUGCCAACAACACCUUCCGGUGCAGAAACAUUGACCUCUACCACUUCUUGUCCCACGAGCAGCUUGGCAGCUGGGGCGGACGAGGAUCUUCGUCGUGGGGUUGGACCUCUGCUGAUGGCAGAGAGUUCGUUGCCAUUGGACAGUACGACGGCACCGCCUUCGCCGAGAUCAGCAAGGAGGGAAAGCUGGUGUACCUCGGCCGUCUCCCCCAGUACGACUCCAUCGGCUCGAACUGGAGAGAGAUCCGCAUCGUCGGAGACAUUGUCGUCAUCGGCUCCGAGGCCAUCAAGCACGGCGUCCAGUUCUUCGACAUGAAGAAGGUCCUCGACCUUGACCCGGCGAACCCCAAGAACUUCACCCAGGCCGACCUCACCGGCCACUGGGACGAGCUCCCCGUCGGCCGCACGCACAACAUCGUCGUCAACCAGGAGCUCAACUACGCCAUCGCCUGCGGUUCCGUCGGCGGGAACGCCACCAUCCGCGUCAGAGACGAGCUGCCCUGCCGCGGCGGUCUGAUCUUCCUCGACAUCAGCGACCCCACCAACGUCACGAGCCCCGGCUGCGCUGCCGGUGACGGCUACGUCCACGACGCCGAGUGCCUCGUCUACCGCGGCCCCGACGCCCGCUACUACGGCAGGGACAUCUGCUACGGCUACAACGAGGACACGCUGACCAUCUACGACGUCACGGACAAGAACGGCAACGUCACCAACAUCAUCUCCAUCAGCGACUACCCCGGCGCCGAGUACGUCCACCAGGGCGUCGUCAACAACGAGACCUGGCAGGAGUACCUCUUCCUCGACGACGAGUUCGACGAGCGCGACGCCAAGGUCGGCCCCAUGACCCAGGGCCUGCCCACGACGCACAUCUUCGACAUCCGCGACCUGGAGAACCCCGUCUACACGGGCUACUACGCCGGCAAGACGCGCUCCAUCGACCACAACCAGUACAUCGUCGGCGGGUACCUGUACCAGUCCAACUACGGCAACGGCCUGAACGUGCUCGACGUCUCCAGCGUCACCAAGGACCCGACCGGCGCCGGCAUCUGCGAGGCCGGCUUCUUCGACAUCUACCCCGAGGACGACGAGGAGGAGGGCGGCGGCAAGGUCCAGUUCGCCGGCUCGUGGUCGUCCUACGCCAACUUCAAGUCCGGCUUCGUCUUCGUCCACACCAUCGAGCGCGGCAGCUUCGUCGUCAAGAUGACCUCCAAAGAGUGCCCCAAGGCGCCCGUCUGCAACGCCGACAACUGCCUGCGCGCCCUGCGCGCCAGCAGCGUGCCCGGCCGCCUGGAGGAGUCGGUCGAGUUCUGCGGCAACUUCACCACCCGCCAGCGGACCGAGGAGAGCCUGCUGCCCGAGUACGCGUCCAAGGCCUGCGUCGAGAACAACAACAAGAAGCCCGUCGAGAGGGUCAGCAGCGCCUGCGCCUGCAUCCCGACGCCCGUCGUGCCCGAGCUGCCCCGGACGACGACCCGUCCCCCCGUCCCGACCGUGCUGCCUCCCAAGGCGUGA